AUGUUGACGAUCCGCACUCCGCCCGCAGAAACGUCUCCGCUGUCGAUCAACCGGCGCGCGGAGGAGCCGGCGGUGGCGGGCAGCGCCGUCAGCACGGACUCGGUGGGCGUGGUCGCGCACGCGGCGCCGUUGCAGCUGCAAUUGCAAGUCGAAGACCACGAGGCGAUCCUGCGCGAGCGCGAGGCCGUGCUGCGCGGGUGGAGCGCGCUGCAGCGGGAGGUGCGCGCGCUGCACGAGGCCUGGCAGCUGGUGCAGUGCGCCGCCAGCGCGCAGCGGGACCAGGUUACCAAUACGGCCACGAAUAUAGAAACGGCAGCGGAAAACGUGCAAGCCGCGCGAACGGAUCUCGCUCUCGCCGAAAGGAUCCGUGCGGGCGCGUACGGCGUGGGCGGCGCGGCGCUGGGCGCGCUGGCGGCGGGCCCGGCGGGGCUGGUGGUGGGCGCCAAGGCGGGCGCGGCGGCGGCGCUGGCCGGCUCGCUGCUGGGCUACGUGGCGGCGCGCGUGCUGGGCUCGCGGCGCCGGCGGCAGCUCGACAUAGCGCCCGCGACCGCUCGCGACAAGGACGACUAG